AACUGCUAACAUUCUAACACCAACCUCAACAGAGUGCGCAUCGAUCGUGCGAUUGACCAUCGAUCCGAUUAACCGAAGAGAACCGAAUCAUGACCGGACGCGGCAAGGGAGGCAAAGGAUUGGGCAAAGGAGGAGCCAAGCGUCACCGUAAAGUGUUACGUGAUAACAUCCAGGGCAUCACCAAGCCAGCCAUCCGCCGUCUGGCGCGCCGUGGUGGUGUCAAGCGCAUCUCCGGUCUCAUCUACGAGGAAACCCGUGGUGUGCUGAAGGUGUUCCUGGAGAACGUCAUCCGUGACGCGGUCACGUACACCGAGCACGCCAAGCGCAAAACCGUCACCGCGAUGGAUGUCGUUUACGCGCUCAAGCGCCAGGGACGCACGCUCUACGGUUUUGGAGGUUAA